AUGUCCUUCCUGGCCUUAUUUGCAGUACUUGGUAAUGGACUUGUUCUUGUCAUCAUUGCUCGGUUUAAGAAUCUUCGCACCUUUCCAAAUAUUCUGAUUGCUAAUCUGGCCUUGGCUGAUUUUUUCAACGCGUUCAUCAACAUACCUAUAUACUUGCUUUAUGCAGUCCUGAACGUAAAGUGGUUUACAGGAAAAACUUUAGCGAUGAUAUCGCUUUCCUCAUCCUCACUCUUUACCUUUCUAAACGUCGUCUCCAUGCUGGUGCUGCUUGUUAAUUUUUUCCUGGCGAUAACAUUUGACUUAAAAUAUUUCACAUCGAAAACGAAUAAAAAAGCCAUCAUUAUAGUUCUUGUUGAGUGGCUGGCCUGUUUUAUCUUUGCUGUUUUGAUGUCUUUACAAUGCCGUGAUGUUGACCUUCAACAAGAUGCUUCUGUUUUAAAGUAUCGCAGUGAAGUUCUGGGUAAAGGCAAACCUAUUGGGCCAGUCAUCUUCUCGGCGUUCGUGGUCAUUGCAGUAGUCCUUAGUGCUAUGAUUCUCGGGUCAAUUCAAAAAACGAAACGUCAGGUGAGUCUUCUUUGCUUUAGAAUGAUUUUCUACAUUAAGUGAUAAACCGCCAUGUCUUAAUUUGGUUCCUUGAACUUUUACUAAAGUAAUGCAGAUACACAUCCUCUAACAGGAAUCGAAAUUCAUUUAUAUUUGCACUGAGAUAAAUAACCCCGAUAAAAUGCAAGGACUCCGGGAUUCUGAUAAGGUGCUUCAGGAAAACUGAGAAUGGUCGGCCCUUUUGAAGACAAAAACAUUAAGGUUGACUCAGCAAGUACGCUGAUGUGAGUAAAAUUGCUUGUAGGCGAACAAAUUCACUUCAGUUCGUACACAGCGUCCUAACAAUUAUCUUGCAAACCCAGGGGAAUUAAAUCACGGCUGACCUAAUGUAGCUCUUCACAAACGGGAGACUGUGUAUUAGCAGAGGUCGAAAAUUCCCUUCCUUGGCACUGUAAUUUGGCGUGAACUAGACCUACCUUUAGCUCUAUACAUGAUUACUCAAUGGCCGAAGUUCUACUAUUUACAUUCUAUAAAUAUUUCAAAUGGUUUUGUUCAUUUGUAGAGAAAGCCACUAAACUUGCGUCGACUCCACUCAGAGGCCAGACUGCAACACGAUAUCCAAGCUGCCAAAAUCAUAAUCGUUAUUGUCUUUGCAUUUCUUUUGUGUUACAUUCCGCCCCUCUUCAUUGCAGCCUGGGUUCGGACCAAUUUCUAUUCCAUUGAUAUUGCCUGGCGAGGUCACUUGGUACACACCAGCAUACUCAUAUCCAGUGGGAUCAAUCCUAUCAUCUAUUGUUUCAGAACCAGAAGGUUUCGCUGCGCACUGAAACAGCUUCUUAAUGAUCCUUGCGGAAAAACGGCUUUCCAAGAAAUCAAACAGGAGCAACGAGCCAGAGAGAUUUGUCCAAAUCGGAAUGCACGAGGUGACAAGAGAUUCGAACUUACGUCCUGCUCACCGCUUUUCCAGUGGGUUCGUAAUUCCAACUGCUGCAAUGGAAGAAUGGGUCAGAUUGUUCAUCAACUGUUUGAACAAAAGAAAAGCAGUGAAAAUAUAGAUGAAAAAUUGGGGAGGCGAGCUGCUAGAAACAAAGUCAUCCCUCUCACAAUACAGGGCGAGCCACAAGCUCAGAUAGUAAGCCUGCCGUCAAAAUCGAUAGAUAACGAAAAUUGUAUAGGGAAACUCCCCAGGAAAGAACGACUAACACCCGACGAAGAUUGCUCUCGACAGGAGGUCAUUAUUGAAGUACAUCCUAAACUGAACCAUGGUCUACCGAAAGAGAAAAUAGCUGAAACUCCAACAUAAAAGGAUGAUUUGGCAGCACCCAUUGUCAGAUGAUCCAACCUUAACUGCCUGGUGUUCUUGGUUGGUCAGACACUUCUCGUGUCAUGAAGACUUAAAAAAAAAACCAUUUCAAUCUGUACGCAUUUUGAGAAAUUCACAAGCAAAAAUAAAGUCUGCCGCCGCUUUCAUCAUUUCUAGAGAAGUCAAGACGCAGGAGAUAGACCAGUAUCUCUCCGUUUGUGUAACUAAAUAAGACCACUUUAGCAGAGGCUUGUUGGUAUUGCCUUUUCAUUGGGUUUUUGAAGUGAUAUUUAGUUUAGUUUAGUUAUUUACUUAACAGUCACGUUUGAUGUGAAUCGUAAGUUGAGUUUUUACAAUUUUUGACGAGGAAUUGAAACUUCAAGUCCCGUUGGCCCGAGGAAUAUUUCCUAUAACGGAGUAUUUGGGACGCUCCGCUUGGAAGGAAUUUGACGACAAAGUGGGAUUGUACUUUUAAUAAAAGCGUCUUUGAAAUUAUAUCGAAGAGAAGUAACAAACAGCUGGAGGUUAAUGAAAAAAAGUUUGUUCGUCGAUAGAAGGCUAUAUGAGCUAUUGAGCUAAAUGCAAGGAGAAGUAUUUUCGAUGGAAGGUAUAAUACAAGAACAGGUAUCUUCUUGGGCCUAGGGACGAAGCAUGCGCAUUCCCGAAAAGCAACGGCCGGGAGGAGUGAAAUUCCCUUUUGGUAAUGUACCAGUCAUUUCCAAAAUCGCCCAUCCUUCCUUCCCAUCCUUGACUAAAGUUUUGCUCCGUACAUGGAGAAUUUGAGCAAAUUGCGGCUCACCCAUCCAGUUGGGCAACUGACUUUCGUGUCAAAACGCUGGUCAGCGUCGGAAGCAAAAGGAUUCCGUUAUUGUCUCCGCAUUCAGCAUGACUGUGCACCGUGUUCACGGCCGGGUCAUUGCGCCUAUAUUCACUGUUUUGUUGGAGCAUUUGUGAACCUUUGAAAAAGCCAGUUAAAUGUGGGCUUUCUGGAAUGAACCAUUUUUAUUUUAAUAAACAAACCUUUUAAAAAGUUAGACUGCACCAGCGGGAAAACUUCCCCUACUAUGUCCCAGCAGAAGGGCGGGUUCUUUUACGUCCCCUUCGAUUUGACUACAAAGAAGGAUGAAGGAGAAAAGGCCAACGGCUUAACGUCACCUCCCAAUGACGCAAUCAUCUUAUUUGAGACAAAGUGUCAAAUCACAGCCAGCAUAAUUUCAUGGUCCGGCCGGGGUUUGAACCAACGACCUCCCUCUCGGCGGGCUGGUGCUCUGCCCAUCAAGCUAACCGCUCCGCGGCGGGGGGUGGUUACCCUUUUCAAAAUGCCCGCCUCCUAACUAGUUAAUCAGUGCGCAUAUCAAUUGGCACUUCUUUUGCGUGGUACUGAUGUACUGAUUUACUUAAUAUUUUUAUAAUUGGAAAUCUAAUUUGAUAAAACGUUGUCCAUUUCCUUUUUACGCCGACAAGGAUAAAAGAGAUGAUUCUUCUGGGACUCUGCGACAUGUACAACUUAUUUUACAGACUACUAUUAACGUCUUGCUUUAGAAAGCUGGUUUACUAACUUAGAACAAACGCCACUGAAUCGUAGCCAACAGUUACCAGCGCAGUCCAAACGAAUUAUUGUCGAGAUCAAGCAAAACUAACUACGAGAGAACCACUGGAGAACUGAUAAUUUGACUAACAAUAGACGACUGUUAAACUGUGACAAUAGACGGAUCGAAACGCACCAGUUACUGAUUAUAUUUACUAGUCUUCAUAGCCAAUAACAUCACGGCACAGACGACCAAUAACAUCGCGAUGUAUUUGACUAAUCAGAUCAAUAACCAGAGUAUAAUAACAUCAACUGACGUGAUACAACUUACUUUGACUCUGAAGAUGACUACCGCACAGGUUGCCGAAAUAUCAGUCACUGUCAACAACAACAGUCCUAUUCAGGACUACGUUCAUCUGGACGAUCAAACUCAACCUACUGUUGAUUCUUCUAUUGUUAUACACACUAUCAGAGCCUGCUCUUUAAUUUCAAUCUCGACCAAUCUCAGGUUGGGCUGAGCCGUUGCGUGCCGUAUUUUCUGUACUAAUGUUGAACCGAUCUAUUAUUUAAUCUACUAAAAAAAGAGAAUAACUUAAAUAUUCAACAAAAAAAAGUAGAAAAAAGCAAUUUACUUAGUUUAGCAAAACCGAUGCCUGAUUGGUUUGAUUUAAAUGUACAUAUAAAUCGCUUAAAUUGUAUGCUGAUUUGUUGUGUGUAGAAGCAAUGUCAAAUGUACCGACCUUGAAACCGUCAAAAAAAAAUGGAAAAAGUAAAAAAUAAAUGUAAAAAUAAAACUGAAAUAAUAACAUAGGGCCUCGUUUACAUAUACAACACUGCUGUCUCUCACUUUUUCUUCUUCAAAGGCUGAGUACUUAACCUCGUUUUGAUACAGAGGUCCGUGGAAACUCGGAAAUGGCCUAUUCUAAAAGUAGCUAUUUCUAGCUAAGAGAACAAUUUUCAUGUUUAAAUCAUUUUGUGAUCAUAUGAAGCCAUAAUUACAGUUGUACUUAAAGCCGGAACAUCAUCAAAGGCCACCCUAAAUUGGCAUAUCAAUUUCAUUUCAUCGACAAUUAACAUCUCCUUAGAAUUGUUUUUUUAAAUCAUACAGGCAAUUAUCAUCAUAACGCCAAAGAUAAUUGUUCUUUGCAACUUUUGCAAAUCAUUUUUGACUUGUUUAUUUUUACGUCCUGCAAUGCGAAGUUCUCGCAAUCCAAAGAAAAAAAGUUGAAAGCCGAAGAAACUGAGGCUUAUUAUAUGAUCAGAUCAACAAACUAGAUCAUAAGCGAAGGAGAUAUAGCCUUAAUGGAAGCACUAUUAAUCCUUAUCAAUCGAGCUGAAUGAGUUCAGAGCCGCUUACAACUCUGACUGCCUCGCUGGUGAUGUGACAAACAAAGCUCAUUUGCGAAGUUUUAAUUUGUGUAGUUUACAUUACACUGUGUGCUGCCUCGGUUUGCACUGAAAUCAGGCGUAAAAAACUUUACUAUUCAGUCGGCGGAAAAAAUCACUACCUGGAAAAGCGUUAUUAUGUUUCCCCAACACUUACUGCAGCGGGGAGCGAUAUCCACCUUUUGAACCGGGGCAACUAGAUAUGGGAUAUAAAUAAAUCUCUGCCGUACCACGGGAAAGGAAAACCUGAGUACUGAACUCCAGUGAGGCAAAAUGAAAGAUAAAGGAUCUCGGUCUUUUUAAUGAGAUCAUAAUAGGUACGGUUUUAUAAUAGUUAAAAUUUGGCCAUUUCAGCAUUUUGUGGUACCAAAAUGUUUUUACCUGGCGACAACAAUCUUAAAAUUAUCACUUUCAAAUUAAUUUUCUCCUUGCUUAAAAGCAUUACAUACACGGUUUUUGGGCCGCUUUAAGACCAUUGCGUGAUGACAAAAAAUAUAAUUUUUAUUCUGUAGGAUUUAUUUACGAGACUUACACAAUACAAAAAGGGAGACUGAAUUAAAAUGCAUGUAAAUUCUGCUCAAAAACGUUUAUUGUUGCCUUGUUUUCAUUAUUGUCGAUUACCAUUUUACCGUUUGAAGGGUGAUAAAGAAAAGUUAUACAACUGCCUCUUUUUACGCUAAAUCAAAGAGAAGUGGACAUUUUCCGCGCGCGUUUUAUUCGGCUGAAGUAAAAUGGAAACUGAAGGGUGGCUUGAAUACAGCUGAAACAUCACUGAGGACCGUAUAUGGUAUGCUGACAUAUAUCCGGCAGUGUGGAUCAAAAAUACGAGAAAUCAGUAAAACAUCCUCCCACUUCAAAUUUUCGGAACCGCGGAAAAUGUAUUAAACUUGUUAAGGUCAUCAUAUGGUGAGUAUGCAAAGCAACUUUGUCGAUGUUUGUGGACUUAGUCUUCAAAGUCAGCUGCACAUAGAAUGCCUCGAUCCGGUGUUGUUCUUAAAAAAUAUUCCUUGAUUCUGGUAUUAAUGUGGGUGAACCGCCAGAAAAAUCAUGAAAGUCGAAGAUUCCUUGUUCAUGACAAUUUCGGUGCUUGUUUUCAUGUCCUUCCUGGCCUUAUUUGCAGUACUUGGUAAUGGACUCGUCCUUGGUAUCAUUGCUCGGUUUAAGAAGCUUCGCACGUUUCCAAAUAUUCUGAUUGCUAAUCUGGCGUUGGCUGAUUUUUUCAACGCGUUCAUUAACACACCCAUGUACUUGCUUUACGCGGUCCUAAAAGUUAACUGGUUUACAGGAAAGACGUUAGCGAUUAUUUCGCUUUCCUCAUUCUCACUCUUUACCUUUGUAAAUGUAGUUUCCAUGUUGGUGCUACUCGUAAAUAUGUUUCUGGCGAUAACAUUUGACUUAAAAUAUUUCACCUGGAAAACGAAUAAAAAAGCCAUCAUUAUAGUCCUUGUUGAGUGGUUGGCCGGGUUUAUCUGUGCUGUUUUGUUGUGUCUUAAUUGUGAUGUCGACCUUCAACAAGAUGCUUCUGUUUCAACGUAUCGCCGUGAAGUUACGGGUAAAGGUAAACCUAUUGCGCCAGUCCUAAUCACGGCGUUCGUGGUCAUUGCAGUAGUCCUUAGUGCCAUGAUUUUCGGGUCAAUUCAUAAAAUGAAACGCCAGGUGAGUCUUAUUUUGCUUUAGAAUGAUUUUCUACAUUGAGUGAUAAACUCCAUGUCUAACCUAGUUUCUUGAACUUUUGCGAAAGUAAUGCGGAUACGCAUCCCCUACUAGAAUCGAAAUUCAGUUCUAUUUUCACUGAGAUAAAGUAGCCCAUAAAAUGCAAGUACUCCGGGAUUCCGCUAAGGCGAUUGAGGAAAACUGAAAAUGAUCAGCUCUUUUGAAUUAGACAAAAAGGCUGAUUCAGUUGAUUCGCUGAUACGAGUAAAAUUGCUUGUAGGCAAAAAACUUCACUUCGCACACAGCGCACUAAAAACUGACUUGCACGGAAACCAAGGGGAAGUAAUCACGACUGACCUAAUGUAGCUCGUCAUAAACGGGAGACUGUGUAUCAGAAGAGGGCGAAAGUUCUCUUCGUUGGCACUUUAAUUUGGCGUGAACUAGACCUACGUUUAGCUAGAUUUAUCAUUAUACAUGAUUACUCUAUGGCGGAAUUUGUACCAUUCACAUCCUAUCAAUAUUUAAAAUGGUUUUGUUCAUUUCUAGAGAAAGGGGCUGAACUUGCCUCGACUGCACGCUGAGACCAGACUGCAACAGGAUAUCCAAGCAGCCAAAAUGAUAAUCAUUAUUAUCUUUGCAUUCCUUGGGUGUUACAUCCCGCCUGUCUGCAUCAGAGUCUGGGCUUGGUCCAAUUUUUAUUCCACUGACAUCGCUUGGUAUGGUUACUUAAUACGCGCCAGCGUGCUCAUAUCCAGCGGUAUCAAUCCUGUCAUCUAUUGUUUCAGAGCCAGAAGGUUUCGAUUCGCACUGCGGCAGCUUCUUAAUGAUCCUUGCGGAAAAACAGCUUUCCAAGAAAUUAAACAGGAGCAACGAGCCAGAAAUAUUAUUCCAAAUCGGAAUGCACGAGGUGACAGAAUUGCGCGCGAACCUAAAAAGGAGAGAUUCGAACUUACGUCCUGCUCACCGCUUUUCCAGUUGGUUCGUAAUUCCAACUGUUGCAAUGGAAAAAUGGACCAGAUUGUACAACAGUUUGAACAAAAGAAAAGCAGUGGAAAUAAGGACGAAAAAUUUGGGACGAGGGCUGCAAGAAAUAAAGUCAUUCCUUUUACAAUACAGGACGAGCCUGAAGCUCAGAUAGUAUGCCCACCGUCAAAAUCGAUGGAUAACGAAAGCUAUUCAGGAAAAUUCCUCAGAAAAGAACGACCAACACCCAGCGCAGAUUACUCCGGACAGGAGGUCAUUGUUGAGGUACAUCGUAAAUUUAACCAUAGUCCACCCAAGGAGAAAGUAGCAGAAACUCCAAUACCAAAGGAUGAUUUGGCAACGGCUAUUGUCAUUAUUACUGAAUAAUCCAACUUUUACCUGGUGUUUUUAGCAGGUAAAACACUGCUCAUGUUAUUACGACUUCAGAAAAUACAUUUCAAUCUGUGGUUUGAGGUUUUUUUCAAGCAAAAAAUAAGUCUGCCGCUUACAUCAUCUCUAGAGAAGUUAAGACGAUUUUUAGCAAAGUCUUUUGUUACCGUCUUUUCAUUGGGUUUAUUUGAAGUGAAAGUUUUUUUCGCUUCUUAGUUUAGUUUAGUUUCGUAGUUUCGUAGCUUAACUAUUUUUUAAGUCACGUUUAAUGUGAAUCGUAAGUUGAGUUUUGACAACUUUUUGACGAGGAAACUUCUUGACUAACUCCCGCUGGCCCGGGCAAUAUUCGCUAUAAAUGACUAUCGGGGACGCCCCGCCCGAAAUGGGUACCUUUGUGGGGGGGAAAAGGUAUAUAAAAGGGUAGAUAUUUCACGAGAAAGAAAACCUGCCGGUUAGGUAUUUUAAAACGUCUUUAAAAGUAUUUUGGAGCCUGAAGAGAAGCAACAAACGGCAAUUAUCAGGAGCCGCUGCAAUUAUCCAUUUUAUUGUUUUAAGAGGUUAAUAACUGAACCGUUUGUUUGACGGCAGGAAGGAGAUGGAGAGCAUCGUGUUUUUACUGCAGGUAUAUCCAAUGGAAAAUAUUUUUGAUGGAAAAGGUUAAGGGUUUGGGCCUCGUGACGAAACAUGUGCGUUUCUGAAAAGCGUAAUGCACAGCCGGAAGUACGUCCGUCCCGUGGCGGAGCUACCCCGUAUAAGACUCCAUAGAGUGUCCCCUACUCAGGACGUCCGCGUUCACAGCCUAGGAGUCCGACAAAGCCCUCUCCGAUUUUUUAAAUUUAGCUAAACUGAUGCCCGAUUGGAUUGGUUGCGUACGAAUCUUUUAAAUUGUAUUUUUUGGUUUUGUUAUGUGGACGCAAUUUCAAACGUACCGACGUUCAAAUUGUAAUGAAACAACAAAAAAUGAACAGUAGCAAAAAUAAUUUUAAUUAAGGAAACUGAAAUAAUAAUAUAGGGCCUCUAUUACGUAUACAACAACGCUACCACUCACUUUUUUACCUUCUUUGAAAGAGCAUUAUAAUUCUAAAAGUAACUCUUUUUUUUAACUAAGAGAAAAAAAUCAUUUUAAAAUCAGUUCUGCCGUGAAUCAUAUGCAGUGAACUUUACAAAACACUACCUUAAGGCCUCUAGAAUUUAACAUUUCAAUUAACGUCCAGAGUGAAGACCUCAGAUUUGAAGUCGUUUUAUAAUUCAUGCAGGCAAUUGUUAUCAUAACUCUAAAGAUUUACUCUGGAUUAUUGAUGAGACGGAGAAAAAGGUUUUUAAAAACCGAACUAUUAAAAAUGCCUGAUGUUACGCAUAAAUGUAUGUGUGAAGUGUUAUUACUCUCAGCGUUCGGCUGCUUUGAUCUGCUUUGACUAGGACUGAUAUAUAAAUUUUAACUCGAUUAUGAGCGAAAUUCAGUAAUAUCUUUGAAAAUGUAAGGACUGUGGGAUUCCGUUGAGGCGCUUUAGAAAAACUGAAAAUGAUCACCUCUUUUGAACACAAAAUGGCUGACUCAGCUGAUACGCUGGCAUGAGUAAACUUGCUUGUAGGUGGAGAACUUCAGUUCUCACUGAAAGAGCCCCCAAAAAGAUUGGAAACCAAGGGGAAGUAAAUCAUAGCUUAUCUAAUGUAGCUCGUCACGAACGGGAGACUGUGUAUUAGCAGAGGUCGAAAAUUAUCUUCGUUGGCACUUUAAUUUGGCGUGAACUAGACCUACGUUCAGCUUAGUUUAUCAUUAUACACGGCCGAAUUUGUACCAUUUACAUCCUAUAAAUAUUCAAAAUGGUUUUGUUCAUUUCUAGAGAAAGCGGCUAAACUUGCCUCGACUCCACGCUGAGGCCAGACUGCAACAGGAUAUCCAAGCUGCCAAAAUGAUAAUCGUUAUUGCCUUUGCAUUUCUUGUGUGUUACAUUCCGCCCCUCCUUAUGACAGUCUGGUUUCGGUACAAUUCCAUUCCAAUGAUUUUGCUAGGCCAGGUCACUUAGUACACACCGACAUACUCACAUCCAGUAGGAUCAAUCCUGUCAUCUGUUGUUUCAGAACCAGAAGGUUUCGUUGCGCAAUGAAACAGCUUCUUAAAUAUUGCGGAAAAUCGGCUUUGCAAGAAAUCAAACAGGAGCAACGAGCCAGAGAGAUUAUUCCAAAUCGGAAUGCACGAGGUGAGAAAAUCGCGCGCAAUCCUAACAAGGGGAGAUUCGAACUUACGUCCUGCUCACCGCUUUUCCAGUGGUUUCGUAAUUCCAACUGCUGCAAUGGAAGAAUGGCCCAGAUUGUACAACGGUUUGAACAAAAGAAAAGCAGUGAAAAUAUGGACGAAAAAUUAGGGAGGCGAGCUGCUAGAAACAAAGUCAUCUCUUUCACAAUACAGGACGAGCCAACAAUCUCAGAUAGUAAGCCGGCUGUCAAAAUCAAUAGAUAACGAAAGUUGUACAGGAAAACUCCCCAGGAGAGAACGACGCAGAUUGCUCACGACUGGAACUGAACUGGAGGUCAUUAUUGAAGUACAUCCUAAACUGAACCAUGGUCUACCGAAGAAGAAAAUAGUUGAAACUCUAACAUAAAAGGAUGAUUUGGCAGCACCCGUUGUCAGUAUUACUGAAUUAUCCAACCUUAAUCGCCUGGUGUUCUUGGCUGGUAAGACACUUCUCGUGUCAUGAAGACUUCAGAAAAAAAUAUUUCAAUCUGUACGUAUUCUGAGAAAUUCACAAGCAAAAAUUGAGUCUGCCGCCGCUUACAUCAUUUCUAGAGAAGUUAAGACGCAGGAGAUAGACCAGUAUCUCUCCGUUUGUGUAACUAAAUAAAACCACUUUAGCAAAGGCUUUUUGUUAUUGUCUUUUCAUUGGGUUUUUGAGGUGAUAUUUAGUUUAGUUUAGUAUUUUACCUAAGUCAUGUUUGAGGUGAAUCGUAAGUUGAGUUUUGACAAGGAAUUGAAACUUCAAGUCCCGUUGGCCCGUGGAAUAUUUCCUAUAACGGAGUAUUUGGGACGUUCCGCCUGGAAGGAAUUUGACGAGAAAGUGGGAUAUGUACUUUUAAAGUGUCUUUGAAAUUACAUCGGACAGAAGUAACAAACAGCUGGAGGUUAAUGAAAAAAAGUUUGUUGGACGAUAGGAAUCUAUAUGAGCUAUUGAGCUAAAUGCAAGGAGAAAUAUUUCCGAUGGAAGGUAUACUAGAACAAGUACCUUCUUGGGCCUAGGGACGAAGCAUGUGCAUUCCCGAAAAGCAACAGCCGGGGGGUGUGAAAUUCCUUUUUGGUAAUGUACCAGUCAUUUUCAAAACCGCCCAUCCUUCCUUCUCAUCCUUGACUAACGUUUUGCUCCGUACAAUGGAAAAUUUGACUGACCUAAACCUAACCCUAAACCUAACCCUAACCCUAAACCUAACCCUAAACCUAACCCUAAACCUAACCCUAAACCUAACCCUAACCCUAACCCUACUAUUAACGUCUUACUUUAGAAAGCUGGUCUACUAACUUAGAACAAACGCCACUGAAUCGUAGCCAACAGUUACCAGCGCAAUACAAACGACUUAUUGACGAGAUCAAGCAAAACUAACUACGAGAGAACGACUGGAGAACUGACAAUUUGACUAACAAUAGACGACUGUUUAACUGUGACAAUAGACGGAUCGAAACGCACCAGUUACUGAUUACGAGUCUUCAUAGCCAAUAACAUCACGGCUUAACGGACAGACGACCAAUAACAUCGCGACGUAUAAUUUGACCAAUCAGAUCAAUAACCAGAGUAUAAUAACAUCAACUGACGUGAUACAACUCACUUUGACUCUGAAGAUGACUACCGCACAGGUUGCCGAAAUGUCAGUCACUGUCAACAACAACAGUCCUAUUCAGGACUACGUUCAUCCGGACGAUCAAACUCAACCUACUUUUGAUUCUUCUGUUGUUAUAUACACACUAUCAGAGCCUGCUCUUUAAUUUCAAUCUCGGCCAAUCUCAGGUUGAGCUGAGCCGUUGCGUGCCGUAUUUUCUGUACUAAUGUUGAACUGAUCUAUUAUUUAAUCUACUAAAAAGAGAAUAACUUAAAUAUUCAAUAAUAAAAAGUAGAAAACAGGAAUUUAGUUAGUUUAGCAAAACCGAUGCCUGAUUGGUUGGAUUUAAAUGUACAUAUAAAUCGCUUAAAUUGUAUGCUGAUUUGUUGUGUGUAAAAGCAAUGUCAAAUGUACCGACCUUAAAACCAUCAAAAAAAAAAAAAAAAAAAAGGAAAAAGUCAAAAAUAAAUGUAAAAAUAAAACUGAAAUAAUAUCAUAGGGCGUCGUUUACAUAUACAACACUGCUAUCUCUCACUUUUUCUUCUUCAAAGGCUGAGUACUUAACCUCGUUUUGAUACAGAGGCCCGUGGAAACUCGGAAAUGGCCUAUUCUAAAAGUAGCUAUUUCUAGCUAAGAGAAAAAAUUUUCAUGUUUAAAUCAUUUCGUGAUCACAUGAAGCCAUAUAUAAUUACAGUUAAUAAAGCCGGAACAUCACCAAAGGCCACUCUAAAUUGGCAUGUCAAUUUCAUUUCAUCGACAAUUAACAUCUCCUUAGAAUGUUUUUUUAAAUCAUAGAGGCAAUUAUCAUCAUAACGCCAAAGAUAAUUAAAGAAACGUUGAAAACGUUUAGUAAAAACUGAACAAAUAAAAAUGCAGGACGUUACGCUUCAAGAGCGUUAGGUUUCUUUUUUUCAACUUUCGGCUUCUUUGACUCCGAAUAAUAUACUAGUCUAGUUGUUAUUAACGUCCAGAGUGAAGACCUCAGAUUUGAAGUCGUUUUAUAAUUCAUGCAGGCAAUUGUUAUCAUAACUCUAAAGAUUUACUCUGGAUUAUUGAUGAGACGGAGAAAAAGGUUUUUAAAAACCGAACUAAUAAAAAUGCCUGAUGUUACGCAUAAAUGUAUGUGUGAAGUGUUAUUACUCUCAGCGUUCGGCUGCUUUGAUCUUCUUUGACUAGGACUGAUAUACAAAUUUUCCCUCGAUUAUUUGCGACGGAGAUAUUAAUUGCUUUAAUGGAAACAUUGAUCCGUAUCAAUCGAGCUGAAGACUCGCCGCUUACGACUGCUUACGACUCGGACUGCGUUGCUAGCGGAUGUCAGUGACAAACGAAUAAAGCCCAUUUGUGAAGUUUCUGUGUGCAGCCCUUGUUUUAAAUGAAAUCAGAGUAAAAAACUACUCACCGGUUAAAAUCACUAUCUGGAAAAGGGUUAUUGUGUUUUGCAAACACUUGUAAGUCACUGGAGAGCGAUAUCCAACUUUUGAAUGAAUAAGUCUGUGCCGUAUAAGGAAAUCUGACUGAACUACACGACAGCUGAUACUGAACCCCAUUGAGAGAAUAUGAGAGAUAAUAGCCUGCGUAGCAAGCGUUUCCGUUUGGUUUCGGAGCAAAGAAAGACCGAGGAACGGGAUUCUCGGUUUUGGUAGCGGGAGAAAUGAAACAAGAACCACUCCCUCCCGCUCUUUUACUUACGCCAUUUUUCGCGCGGUCUUUGACUCUUGUUCCUCGUUCUUUGCUCCUAAACCGCACAGAAACGCUUGCUACGCAGGCUAGAGAGAUAAAGGAUCUCGGUCGUCGUAGGUACGGUUAUAAUAGCUAAAAUUUGGCCUUUUCAUCAUUUUGUGAUACCAACCUAUUAUUUUUCCUGGGGACAAAAAUCUAAAAAAACUGUAAUUUUAAAAUAGUUUUCAAGUUUUCUUAAAACCAUUACAUGCACAGCAGUUUUUGCCGCUUAGGUACAUUGCAUGAUGAGAAAAAAAUAUAAUUUUUUUCUUUAGGAUUUAUUUACCAGGCAGACAAGAAAAAAAAAGGAGACUGAACUAAAAUGGCAAAUCCUGACCAGAAAAGUUUAUUGGGUUGCUUUGUUUUCAUAAUUGUCGGUUACGACCAUUUUAAGCAGUUCAGCCUUUUGUAACCAAAUAUAUGUUACAACCGCCCUUUUCUAAUUUUACGCUGCAUCAAAGAGAAGUGGACAUUUUUCGUCAGCGUUUUAUUCGGUCGAAAUAAAAUAGAAAACUGAAGGUUACUUUGAAUAGCAUUUAAAGAUCGCUGGAGACCGUGCAUGGUAUGUUGACAAUGCUGACGACAUAUCCGGCAGGGUGGAUCAAAUUACGAGAAAUCAACUACACGUCUUCCCAUUUUAACAGUACGGUUUCUUUUUCUUUUCGGAAUCCUUGAAUUACCUUUCAAGGUCAUCAUAGGAUGAAAAUGCAAAGCAACUUUGUCGAUGUUUUCCAAUUAUCUCUUGUGGAGUUAGUCCUCAAAGAGUCAGCUAUAUCAUAGAACCCGGGGGGGGGAGGUACACCUGGAUAUUCUUGGUGGAGGUGUGCCGCCCGCCUCUCCAAAUCCUGACCCGAUUUCAGACCAAAGAAUAUCGUUUUCAGAUCAGACCUCUAAAAUCCAGAGACCGUUUCAACGAACACCGCAGACCAGUUGACAACCCAUCUAAUAUCUCUAAAACCACCACAGUCUCAGAACACGUUCUUACUCCUGAUGGUAACUCUGCUAACGACAUCACACUUAUCCUACUAGAGCUUAUUAAAUCUAAUAGUGACAGUGUACGAAAAGCUACAGAAGCGUACCUCAUCGAGAGAGGUAAUACUCUUGAACCAUUAGGUAUGAUAUGAAUAAGAAAGAUUAAAUGUAAUACAUUCUUUAUUUCUUCUUUUUUUUAUCAUUUAUUUAUAAUAUUUUUAUAUUUUAAAUUUCUUUCAAAUCUAUUUCAACGGUUUUUGUUUUCACAUACUCAAGUGUUAUUACAUUAUCAUAUUGCACGCUAUUCUUUAUUUCAAAUUGUAACGUCUUAGCUUAACCUCGUCGUUAUUUGUAAGUCCCUGGAGAAGGAAGGCCGUGCCUUCCAAAAUAAUUAAUAUCGGUAAAAAAUAUAUAGAGGAUAUUACACGGUGGCGAGAAGAUAUGAAUUUUAUUUUCGAAUGGCAAAACAAUAUUUUACUCACUCGCUGCGCUCGUUCGUAAAAUAUUGUUUUUGCCACGAGAAAAUAAAAUUCAUAUCUUCAAGCUGCCGUGUAAUGUUCUUUUUAUUAUAUAGACAAAAAGACAUCGAUAAAAUAACAGACUUUUAUUCGCCAAUUGCUACGGCUCAAAUUUACAGUACAGCAAUAUGACAUUGGUUACAAUAAUCUUGAGAAAUAACACUGAGCUGAACAGGGCUCUACAAUGAAAAAAUGUAAGCAAAGCUUUGAAAAAUGUGGAAGUAAAAUUCAAAAGAUGCAAGACGCCUACAAAUUUCGAAGGUAAAUCACCGAAAUUACGUCAUCGAUAAGCUCACGUGUGAGAUUAUGGAAAAUAAACCACUCGGGUCCCGGACGUUGUUUUUAUGAAUUUUACGAGUGUUAUAUUUUCCAGUAAAACACUUGUGUCCAUAUAAUAAAUAUAUAUAUUAUAUGCUCCCUAAAAUCCAUGCCCGUUUUCAGACCUGGCCUUUCAGAAAUUAUGCUAUCAUAACUUAGAUUAGAGCGUAAACAAAAAAAUUAUUCAAAUCCAUUUCUAAUUUGCACAUUUCUCUUUCUUUCUUACUCAUUUGGAGUAGAAACGAUAAAGACGUUCAUACACUCCCGUAAUUCCCUCAAAAACCAUACCCUAUUCCAGACCAAAAUGGGCAAAGUUUAUACCCGUUUUCAGUCCAAAAAAACGGCGCAAAAACCCUACCCGAUGGUUCGGCACAUACCUAUAUAGUCGUAAGGGAGAGUCCGCCCACCCAUCCGGCCCCCGCACAAAACGUACCCGACCCCGUGUGGCCUACUACACUCGUUUGCCGCCGUCCCCCGUUGCAAAGGCUUAGACUAGUUGAAGCAGGUGUAGCAAACCAAAUAGACAAAGCGACCUGAUGUGGAUAUUUAUAAUGUACCCCCCCCCCCCCCCGCCCUCGGGUAUAGAACGCAUCAAUGCGGUUUUGCUCUUUGAAAAUUUUCCUUGAUUAUGUUUUUAACGCAGGUGACGCCCCAGAAAAAUCAUGGAAUUAGUCAAAGAUUCCUCGUUCCCUGUGACAGCAGUUAUAUCUAAUUAUAUCUAAUUAUAUUUCUCGUUCCCUGUAAGGCAGCAAUUAUAUCUAAUGGACACUGUUUUUGCGUUUAAAUGUAUGAAGGGUUGUGUUCCAGACCACCUCACAUCCAAGCUAGUUACCAGAGGACAAGUUUCUGGCCGCAUGACACGCAAUUCACAACAAUUAAAUAUCCCUUUAUUUAAAACAGCUGCUGGUAAGCGAUCAUUCCAGUACAGGGUUGUCCGUUUGUGGAACAGCCUAGAUAAAGACCUCAAAUUAAGUAAGAAUCAUACGGAUUUUAAACAGAAACUGAGGCAAAUAUUGUUAACAUCAAUUUCUUGAUCCCGCGAGUGUUUUGUAGGUUUUAACUUUUUAUUGUAUCAUAAGAAUUUUAAACGGCAUCUUAGGUAAUUUCCUUUUAGGUAAAAAUUUUUAAAUAUACUUGAUAAUGAAUUAUAGCUUUUUCUCGUAUCACCGAAAAGCCUCGUAUGGGAGUGUACAAGAAAACUUCUUAAUUCUUACUUCUUACUUUUUCGUGCUUGUUUUUUGUCUUUCCUGGCCUUAUUUGUAGUACUUGGUCAUUUGGACUUGUUCUUGGAAUUAUUGCUAGGUUUAAGAAGCUUCACACCUUUCCAAACAUUCUGAUUACUAAUCGGGCGUUGGCUGAUUUUUUCAACGCGUUCAUCAACAUACCCAUGUACAAAAAGCUUGCUUUGAACAGUCCUGAAAGUUAAGUGGUUUACAGGAAAGACGUUAGCGAUUAUUUCGCUUUCCUCACUCUCACUCUUUACCUUUCUAAAGGACGUCUCCAUGCUGGUGCUGCUUGUGAAUUUGUUUCUGGCGAUAACAUUUGACUUAAAGUAUUGAACGAAUAAAAAAGCCAUCAUUAUAGUCCUUGUUGAGUGGUUGGCCUGUUUUAGCUGUGCUGUUUUGUUGUCUUUUCAAUGCCCUGAUGUCGACCUUCAAUACAGCAAGAUGUUUCUGUUUUAAUGUAUCGCCGUGAAGUUACGGAUAAAGGCAAACCUAUCGCGCCAGUCAUCUUCACGGCGUUCUUGGUCAUUGCAGUUAGUCCUUAGUGCCAUGAUUUUCAGUCGAGACAAUUCAAAAAAUAAAACGCCAGGUAAUUUUUUUUGCUUUUGAUUGAUUUUCUACAUUUAGUGAUAAACGCCAUGUCUAAAUUUAGUUUCUUGAACUUUAUACUGUAAGCCGAUCUUGGAGCCCUCAGUCUCUUGGUUUGCGGUCUAUAGAAUGUGUAACGAAACCGUAACGCGAUCAAAAUAACCCAUUUUUUCCGAGGUUUUCGACGGGUUUUGAUGUUCUAACGACAAACACAUCUCCUCUGGACCCUGUGCCUUGAGGCCAGACCGAACAAGAUAUCUAAGCAGCAAAAACUAUAAUCAUUAUUGUCUUUGUCUUUGCAUUUCUUGUGUGUUACAUUCCGCCUCUCUUUAUGGCAGUCUGGGUUCGGUCCAAUUUCUAUUCCAUUGAUAUUGCCUGGCGAGGUCCCUUAGUACACACCAGCAUAAUCAUAUCCAGCGGGAUCAAUCCUUUCAUCUGUUGUUUCAGAACCAGAAGGUUUCGAUGGGCACUGAAACAGCUUCUUAAAAAUCCUUGCGGAAAAACGGCUUUCCAAGAAACAAUACAGGAGCAACGAGCGAGAGAGAUUAUUUUAACUCGGAAUGCACGAGGUGACAAAAUCGCGCGCGAACCUGACCAGGAGAGAUUUGAACUUUCUUCCUGCUCACCGCUUUUCCAGUGGGUUCGUUUUGGAACGCGAGCUGCUAGAAAUUAAGUCAUCCCUUUUAAAAUACAGGAUAAGCCACAAGCUCAGAUAGGACGCCCGCCCUUCGAGAAUCGCUAGAUAACGAAAAUUAUACAGGAAAAUUCCCCUGAGGAGAAGGACCAACACCCGAUGUAGAUUACUCACGAAAGGAGGUCAUUGUUGAGGUUUAUCCUAAACGUACCAUGGUUCACCGAAGGAGAAAGUAGCAGAGACUCCAACAUCAAAGGAUGAUUUGGCACUACCCAUUGUCAUUAUUACUUAAUGAUCCAACCUAAGCCGCCUGGUGUUCCUGCGAUGUAAAACACUGCUCGUGUCAUGAAGACUCCAGAAAAAACAUUUCAGUCUGUAGUCUGAGAAAUUCACAAGCCAAACUUCGGUCUGCUGCUUACAUCAUCUCUAGAGAAGUUAAGACGCAGGAGAUAGGCCAGUAUCUCUCUGUUUGUGUAACCAAAUAAAACCGCUUGAGCAAAAGCUUUUGUUAUUGUCGUUUCGUUGGGUUUUUGGAGUGAUAUUUAGUUUAGUUUUGUAAUAUACCUAACAGUCGCGUUUGAAGUGAAUCUUAAGUUGAGUUUUUACAACUUUUUACAAGGAAUUGAAACUUCGUGGCCACGUCCCAUUGGCCCGAGGGAUAGUCCCUAUAAUGGACUAUCGAGGAAGUUCCGCCCGCUGAGGGGUGCCUUUUUCGGUAAAAGGGAAAUAAAAGGAUAGGAAUUUCACGAGAAAGUAAAGUAUUUAUUUUUAAAGCUUCUCUGAAAGUAGAAAGGAGAGAAGUUAAAAAAAGGCUGAAGUUACAAUAAGAAAAACGUUUGUUGUACGGUAGGAAGGGAAUGCAGUGCAGGAUAUAUUCAAUCAAGGUAGAUGCAAGGGGACUGAAUAUUCUCGAUGGAAGGUAUUCAAAAACGGCUACCUUAUUGGGCCUAGCGACGAAACAUGCGAAUUCCCGAAAAGCAACAGCUGGAAGUACUGAAAAUCCUUUUUGGUAAUGUACCAGUCAUUUCCAAAACCGCCCAUUCCACCGGGCGUACCCCGGGGAUUUGCUCCGUAUAGUGGGGAAUUUGACAAAACUGAGGCCCACCCAGUCGGGCAUUUGACUUUCGUGUCAAAACACUGGUCAGCGUCGCAAGCAAAAGGAUUCCGUUAUUGUCUCCGCAUUCAGCAUGACUGUGCACCGUGUUAACGGCCGGGUCAUUGCUCCUAUAUUCACUGUUUUGUUGGAGCAUUUGUGAACCUUUGAUAAAGCUAGUUAAAUGUGGGCUUUCUGUAAUGAAUAAUUUUAUUGAAAUGAACAAACCUCCGUACGACAGCUUUCGGAGACUUAAGAUAAUUCGAUUGAGUUUAGUAGGAUAUUUACAUUUGAAUAAACGGUUUAUGAACGGCUUUUGACCAUCUAAUCUGCAAACAUUUCGAGGAAUUUGACCUAAGGGUUUGCCCUCCGGGGUGGGGUGACUUGGGCGGUUUUGGAAUGGACUGUUACAUAAGCCGGGAGUACGUCCGCGUUUCGAGAGCCCCGUUAAAAUCUGUUGUGGAUGAUUUUUCGCACUUGUGGAGAUAUAUGAAGAAAAUGACCCGCUCUUCCAUGUUUGUCACAAAAUCUAGAAAUACUUAAAGAAAAUUUACCAAAAGCGACAUAUAAAAGGUAAGGGUUUGCAACACGGCUUGUAGCAUCCCCUUAGAAAAGCAUUUUGAACACUUCCUCUCAGGUGGUGCUGUAAGAUAUAGAAUGGCUUUAAAGAAUAAAAAUAAAAUAAAACAAAGAGUUUCAAAAAGGGAAUGGACAUGGCUGGAAAAGAAUAUUGCAAUCCAAAAUGUCCAGUCAAGGAAGAGAUAAACAAGAAAGCUACAGUAGUUUUAGAGGAUUUUUAAUUCCCCGUUUCUGAAUGACCACCAGCUGUAGGGUAAAUACGGUGUCCACGUGGUAAUGUAAUGAAAUGUCGUGGAUUAGAGGAUGACAAGACGCACCCUCUUUACAUUAUUAACAUUAGGCUUGAACGUCAGCAUACAAUGGCGCUAGCCAGUGGCAGCCCGCUAUCAGUCUAUUUAUGAGCUUAUACUGUAACCUGCCCAUGGCCCAUGAUAUGAAUGAUGCGUGAUACGUGAAAGGUAGACCACACCACUUGGGAAACUUCCGCUACUCUUUUCCAAAAGGAGUGUGGGUUGUUUUACGUCCCCUUUGAUUUGACCAAAGAAAGAAUGAUGAAGGAGACAAGGCCAACGGCUUAACAUCAACGCCCAAUGACGCGAUCAUCUUAACUGAGACAAGGCGUCAAAUUACAGUCAGCAUAAUCUCACGGUCCGGCCGGGGUUUGAACCAACGACCUCCCUCUCGGUAAACCGAUGCUCUCCCAGCUGAUCUAAUCGGGCGGCGGCAGUCGGUGGUUACCCUUUUCAAAAUGCCUGCCUCCUAACUAAUUAAUCAGUGCGCGCAACCAAUUGGCGCUUCUUUUGCGUGGUAUAUCAUGAACUGAUUUACUUAAUAUUUUCUAUAAUUGGAAAUUUGUUUUGAUAAAACGUUGUCUAUUUCCCUUUUUUAGCCGACUAGGAUGAAAGAGAUGAUUCUCCUAAUGUUAUACACAGAGCCUUCUCGUAUCGGCUGAGUUAUUUUGUGCCGGAUUUUCUGUGCUACAGUAGGACUGAUCAAUGAUUUAAUCUACUAAAUAGAGAAUAACUCAAAUAUUCAAUGAAAAACGUAGAGAAAAAGCAAUUUACAAUUUGGCAAACCGAUGCCUGAUUGGCUGGAUUUAAAUGUGUGUACGAAUCGCUUUCAUGCUUCAGAUUUGUUGUGUAGAGGCAAUAUCAAAGGUACCGACUUUAAAACCAUAAGAGAAAUAAACGAAAAAAGUCUAAAAUAAAUGAAAAAUAAAACUGAAAUAAUAAUCUAGGGCCUCGUUUACUUAUACAACACAGCUAUCCCUCACUUUUUUCUCCCUCUUUAACAGAAAAUUAUAAUUCUAAAGUAAUUCUUUGUAGCUAAGAGAAAAAAAAAUCGUGUUAAAAUCAGUUUGUGAUCAUAUGCAGCUAUACUUUUGUCCGGGCAACCAAAAUUGUAAUCGGGCAAGUAUGCCAUCAGGCUUACUUGCCCUGCUGACGACUGUUAGAAAAAAUAAAUAUGCGUAUUAUUAUUGUUUACCGUCCUCCUAUUUCUGUGAAGAAUGAUGGUCUUACGCAUGCUGCUUUUUUUGAUGAAUUUCCCAUGCUACGGGAACGCCUAAUGUCCUCUUCUGGAAUCUUACUCUUAAAUGGAGAUUUCAGUUUCCAUGUUAAUGAUCCAUCUGACAGCACCGCAAGUCAAUUCCUGGAUCUCUUAAAUUGUUUUAAUCUGGAUAUCUCCAACACACAAGAACAUUUAAUGUUCUAGAUCUUAUUAUCACAAGAUCAGGUGAAACAUCUGUCUCAAAUUUAUCAGUUCACGAUCCUGUCAUUUCUGAUCAUUUUGCAGUUCACUGCAGCCUGGCUGUUAAGAAACCACCUAACGCGAAACUCACUGUUAUGACUCGUAAACUAUGCAACAUUGAUUCAGACAGUUUAUGUAGUGACAUUUGCUCCUCUUCACUACCCAAAAUCGAAGAAAGAACAGAAUGAUAUUGAUCACAGAGCUCUGGCAGGUCCAACUAAGGUGAGUUGUCUUCUUUGAAACUGCUGUUCUAUCUCUACUACGCAAGAAAGCCAACUUAGAUCACGAAAUUCUUGCAAACUACAGACCUAUUUCAAAUCUCAAGCCGGUGAUCUCAAAAAUUAUUGAAAAAGUCGUCGCAGUACGUCUUCAAACUUAUUUAGAAGCUAACCAGCUAAAUGAGCCGCUACCGCUGCCUAUAAACCUUUCCACAGUUGUGAAACCGCCCUUGUGUGUGUUCAAAAUGACAUUUUGGUUGCUAUUGAUAAACGUCACUAUAUCAUGCUUCUACUGUUAGACCUGUCUGCUGCCUUCGGCACUGAUCAUGUGGAUCACGAUAUCCUCCUUACAAGAUUGCACUCUAAAUACCCUAUCUCUGGCACAGCUCUUGAAUGGUUUCGCUCCUACCUUACUAAUCGCACACUAUUUGCGUUAAUCGAAGGAUGUAAAUCACAGUCGCGCGAGCUCAAGUGCGGUGUACCUCAAGGUUCUGUACUUGGACCGAUUUUGUAUGUACUCUGCACAGCACCACUGACCGACGUUCUACGAUUCCAUGAAUUGCAAUUUCAUUUUUAUGCAGAAGACUCUCAAUUAUAUACUUCUUUCUCUACAAACAACGCUAAGGAAUUGACAAACAGUAUCACUAAGAUUGAGGAAUGCCUGUGCGAUAUUGAUAAGUGGAUCUCCAACAGCAGACUAUAACUAAACAAAGACAAGACCGAGCUUCUCUACUUAUUCUCAAAUUAUAAUCCACAGCAAUCUCUAUCCCGCUUCGCUUUGGAACUGACAUAAUUAAGUCCUCUUCACAUGCAAGAAAUAUUGGCGCUAUCCUCGAUGCCACUUUGUCAAUGCUUUCCCAUGUCAAUGUCUGUAAAUCUACCUUUUAUCAUCUUUGCACCAUUUCCCGCAUAAGGAAACACUUAUCAAAGCAAACUACUGAGAUUCUUAUUCACGCCUUUGUAACUUCCAAACUCGAUCACUACAAUUCUCUACUAUACAAUGUCCCUAAAAACGUCAUCAAAAGGCUUCAAUCGGUGCAGAAUACAGCUAUCAGACUGAUUACACGCUCUUGGAAGUGUGAUCACGUCACUCCGAUUCUCCUCGAUCUUCACUGGCUACCUGUUUCUGAACAAUUAAAUUCAAGAUUCUUCUACUUACCUUCAAGGUUCUGCAUCAGCAAUCCCGCCCACCCUAUAUUCCAGACCAAAUCACCCGCUACUUACUGUGUAGAUCGCGUCAUCUUUUACGCUCAGUCUGAAUAACAGCUUUCACCUUAAGACCUAUUGAUCUAGAGCAUUCGCUGUCUCAACCCCUGAACUUUGGAACAAACUAGCUGACGACAUACGCUCAUCUAAGUCUUUUUAAGCAUAAACUUAAAACCUACCUUUUAAAGAACUAUUAUUUUAGUCAUUAGGCAGAUUUAUUGCAUUUUAUAUGCGUUUUAUUUAAAUUUAUUUUAAUCAAUAUUUAUUUUUUAAUUCUAAUUUUUUCACUUUGUUAAGCGCCUAGAUCAUAACUGGAUAGGCGCCAUAAAAAUGUUCUUCUUAUUAUUAUUAUUUCUUAGCUUUUCUUACAGUUGUACUUAAACCCGGAACAUCACCUUAAGCCACUCUAAAUUAACAUUUCAAUUGCAUUUCAUUUACAAUUUACAUCUCCUCAGAAUUCUUUUUAUAAUUCAUACAGGCAAUUAUUGUCAUAUCGCCAGAGAUAAUUAAAGAAACGUAAAACGAAAGGUUUAGUAAAAACUAAACCAAUAAAAAUGCAGGAUGUUACGAAUUGAAAGUGUUAGGUUUCUUUUUUCAACUUUCGCCGGGCUGUUUUGACUCCGAAUAAUAUAGUCAGUCACUAGAUCAUAAGCGACGGAGAUAUUUAUACUGUUAAUGGAAGUACUAAUAAUCGUUAUCAAUCGAGCUGAACGACUUCAGCGCCGCUUACGACUGCGACUGCCUCACUAUUGAUUUGACAAAUAAAGCCCAUUUGUGAAGUUUUAAUUUGUGUAGUUUACAUUACAGUGUGUGCAGCCCCGGUUUGCAUUGAAAUCAGGCGUAAAAAAAAACCGCGGAUAAAGCGUUAUUAUGUUUUCCAAACACUUAUUCACUGGAGAGCGAUAUCCAACUGUUGAACCGGGGGCAACUAGAUAUGGGAUAUAAAUAAAUCUCUACGGUACCACGAGAAAGGAAAUUUUACGUCUGAUCAAGUACUGAACUCCAGUGAGGCAAAAUGAAAGAUGAAGGAUCUCGGUCUUUUCCAUGAUCGUAAUAGGUAUAGCUAUCAGUAACAGUUAAAAUUUGGCCAUUUCAGCAUUUUGUGGUACCAACAUUUUUUCCUGGGUACAAAAGUCCUAAAAUUAUCACUUUUAAUCGUUUUUUAAAAACAUUACAUUUCACGGUUUUUUGGCCACUUUAAAAGACCAUUGCAUGAUGACAAAAAAUAUAAUUUUUAUUCUGUUGGAUUUAUUUACCGGACUUAUACAACACAAAAAGGAAACUGAUUUAAAACGGUUAAUUCCGACUCAAAACGUUUAUCAUUAUUGCCUUGUUUUCAUUAUUGUCUGUUACCAUUUUACCGUUUGAAGGUUGAUAAUGAAAGCUGAUAUACAAUCGCCUCUUUUUACGCUACAUCGAAGAGAAGUGGACAUUUUCCGCGCGCGUUUUAGUCGCCUUUCGUGAAGUAAAAGGGAAAACUGAACUGGUCCGUACAUAUGAUGGUAUGCUGGCAUAUAUCCGGCAGUGUUGAUCAUCAAUAAAACGUCUUCCCACUUCAAAAGUACGGGGUUUUUUCGGGACGGCUGAAAAUGUAUAAAAUUUGUCAAGGUCAUCAUAUGGUGAAUAUGCAAAGCAACUUUGUCGAUGUUUGUGGACUUAAUCCUUAAAGUCAGCUGUACAUAGAAUGCCUUGAUGAAGUGAUUAUGUAACUUAUAUGGCUUUAAUGUGGGUAACGCGCCAGAAAAAUCAUGGAAGUCGAAGAUUCCUUGUUCAUGACAAUUUUCGUGCUUGCUUUUAUGUCCUUCCUGGCCUUAUUUGCAGUACUUGGUAAUGGAGUUGUUCUUGGUAUCAUUGCUCGGUUUAGGAAUCUUCGCACCUUUCCAAACAUUCUGAUUGCUAAUCUGGCGUUGGCUGAUUUUUUCAACGCGUUCAUCAACAUACCCAUGUACUUGCUUUACGCGGUCCUGAAAGUUAACUGGUUUACAGGAAAGACGUUAACGAUUAUUUCGCUUUCCUCAUUCUCACUCUUUACCUCUGUAAAUGUCGUUUCCAUGUUGGUGCUACUCGUAAAUAUGUUUCUGGCGGUAACAUUUGACUUAAAAUAUUUCACCUGGAAAACGAAUGAAAAAGCCAUCAUUAUAGUCCUUGUUGAGUGGUUGGCCGGGUUUAGCUGUGCUGUUUUGUCGUGUCUUAAUUGUGAUGUCGAUCUUCAACAAGAUGCUUCUGUUUUAACGUAUCGCCGUGAAGUUCUGGGUAAAGGCAAACCUAUUGCGCCAGUCAUCAUCUCGGCGUUCGUGGUCAUUGCAGUAGUCCUUAGUGCCAUGAUUUUUGGGUCAAUUCAAAAAAUGAAACGCCAGGUGAGUCUUUUUUGCUUUAGAAUGAUUUUCUACAUUAAGUGAUAAACUCCAUGUCUUAAUUUAGUUUCUUAAACUUUCACGAAAGUAAUGCAGACACGCAUUCCCUACUGGGAAUCGAAAUUCAGGUCUAUUUUUUUUUGUUCACUGAGAUAAAAUAGCCCAUAAAAUGCAAGGACUCUGGGAUUUCGCUAAGGCGAUUCAGGAAAUAUGAAAACGAUCAGCCCUUUUGAAUUAGACAAAAAGGCUGAUUAAGCUGAUUCGCUGGUACGUAAAAUUGCUUGUAGGCGAAAAACUUCAGUUCGCACACAGCGCCCUAAAAAUUGUCUUGCAAACCGAGGGGAAGUAAAUCGCGACUGACCGGACUAAUGUAGCUCGUCCCGGGAGACUGUGUAUUAGAAGAGGUCGAAAAUUCUCUUCGUUAGCGCUUUAAUUUGGGGUGAACUAGACCUACGUUUAGCUAAGUUUAUCCGUAUACAUAAUUACUCUAUUACUUCAUUUUCUUACCCAUGGUGCUCCGCUGGCGCGCUUCGCGCGCGUUAAUAGAAAGUUUUAGAUCCCAGUUUACCGCGAAACUCUAACCGCUGGAGGUCACGUGAGUCAAGUCUUUCGCGUCACGUUUGAGGUUUACGACGUGCGUUUUCAACGUGGGGAGGUAGAUUUUCACGUAUGCCAUUUACCUGAAAGCUCUUAGCGUAUAAUUCUUAAUGAUACAAAAAUCUUGUGGAGCAAGGCUUUAUCCAUUAACAGAGGCACAAAUCUAAAUUUGAUAAAUCCUAUUUGAUCUUGAAAACAAGUGCCAUUUAUGGCUGCCGAUUUAAAAUGGCGGCCGUAAUCUAAUCCACCGCCAAUAUACAUCGAAUUAUGUUUAAACGUCGAACCGCAAACGGGUAACCGCAAACCGAGGUUAGAGAUUCGCGGUAAACUCGGAUCUAACUGAACUCUCUAAUCAGGGCGGAUCCGCCCUGCUCUAAUAGCGGAGCUUUGACGCGCGAAGCACGCCAAUGGCGCACCAUGGGUAAGAAAAUGAAGUAAUCUACCCAUCCGAGAAAAUUUGGUAAUCACGUGACCGUACACCGACCGCCCGCCCGAGAGACCGUCCGUCUGCACCACAGGCAUAUACCAAUGUAAAAUAACUCAAUCAAAAGGUAUGGCAACCCAAAUGCAACAAUGCAACUCGAGGUUUUUUUUUGGCGGAAAUCGUAUAGCCACCGGCGUCUUGUAAAGUAGAGACAACAAAAGAUUCCUUGUCGCUUCUGACUCAGAGCCCAUUCGGGCUCGAGGAAUAAUUGUUACUGAUUAGCGUCCACACGAUUCCGUAUUCAGAGCGUAUUAAAAAAGAAUUUCCACUCUGGAGAGCGGAUUCAAACAGUUUCGGAUUGGUAUGCCGGAUUCACGGUUACGUAUGGACGGAAGCCGAAUCCGCAAAGAAAAAGUUGCGGAUUCAAAAAUAUCCAGAUAUGGGUUGAUGGGUUCUGAGACAAAAUGAGAGAUAAGGCAUUUCGGUCUAUUCAAUGAGAUCGUCAUAGGUACGGUUAUAAUAUUAAAAUUUGGCCUUUUCAUUAUUUUGUGGUACCAACAUUUUUUUCCUGGAGACAAAAACCCUAAAAUUAUCACUUUCAAAUUAAUCUUCUCGUUUCUUAAAAACAUUACAUGCCCCCUUUUUUGUCUGCUUAAGACCAUUGCUUGAUGACAAUUAAAAACUCGUUGACGAGGACCGGACCGUUCAGGGUAUGCUGACAUAUAUCCGGCAGCGUGGAUCAAAAAGACGAGAAAUCAAUAACGUACGUACGUCUUCUCACUUCAAAAGUACGGGUUUUUUCGUAACCUGAAAAGGUAUAAAAAUUGUCAAGGAUAUGCAAAGCAACUUUAUCGAUGUUUUCUACUUAAUUCUAGUGUUCGGAUGUCUUAGGGGAACUCUGGUUGUCACAAAAGUUUUAGGUGGCCUUUUCGUCUCAUCCGAAAGUGUUAGCUACAAGAAGUGCCUACACCUCAAAAACAUUGGACCCUCACGGAUCCGGUCGAAAGUUCGAGGACAUGAAGUAGCCUUGCUUUCAUUGGAAAAUUACGGGGGACGUUUUGUCGUUAUACCAAGUUUUAGGAGACCUUUUUUUCACAAUUAUGGCAAUAUCUUGGUAUUAAAAUGUAAAUAACACAACCUGCUAAAAUCGUAGUUAAGCUAUGAGAAAACCUUCGAAUAUUUUAGACGAAUGUAACGGUUAUCCAGAAAUUUUUUUAGCUUUUCUUCUAGGUAAUAUUUGCUCCUUCGAACAGUUAUUCUACAGAAAAAAGUCAUUGGGUGCCCCUGAGAUUAUAACAGCUGCAUUACGAAAAAGAUGAUGUAAAAAUAAUAAGAUCUGUGAGUAAAAAAGUGGAUUGUUGCAUUGAUGCAAAAUAUUAUCUACAAAGUUUCAACAGUUCCAAGCGCAAUUCGAUGUGAAUCUUUGUGACUAGUUGUCCAUUUGAGUAAUUUUACCUUGUAAGGUAAUAAUAACUUUUUGUAAUUAUAUGUAAUUGCGUUAAUCAGUUCGGUUACAGCUUAUUUUCUUGAUUUUUCCCGUAAAUGGAUCACCUCCCGUAAGCAACCACUUUGUUGUGCACCAAGGGUGGUCGCUUACGAGAGAGUGGGCUGUAAAAUAGGGAAGCCCGUAAAUGAAAGAGUUCCGGAAGCUGUGUAAGUACUUAAGGUCUAGGGAAACAGAAAAUUGAAAAUGUUUAUUAUGACCCUGGUUGGCCAGGUCAAUUCAUUCCAUCGCCAGCUAGUCAGAAGACAAAAGACAAAAAGCCCGUGGACUCGGUAACUGAUACAAGUACAUUUGUUUGUAGGCGCAAAACAUCAUUUCAAGCACCGACAGCGCCCUAAAGAUGCAACGGUCUCAAAAAUGAAGUAAAUCACGGGAAAACUUAUUGUAGCCAUGUCAAUUCAGAUUCAUAUGUGUAUUCAGUUUGUUAAGGUCGAAAUUGAAUAUCCCUUAAAAACUCACAAUUUUCUUGUUGCCAUUUUAACUGAGCAUCUACUAUAGAAGUAUAGUAUCUUUUAUAGAUCCGAUAUGCUGUAAUGCUUGCAUGGUUCUGUCCAUGUUUUUGCACAGCUCGCCCAGGCUCGAAAUAUGAGCAUCGGCGAGCAUCGGCGAGCAUCGGCAUUGUUGCGUAACACUCAAAAAGGUUUACCUUUAUAUAGAGAGAAAACCGUUUACAUAAAAACCCAUAAAACGGCCAUAAAUCGGCCCGUGGACCACACAGGAGAGACUUAACACACAUUUUAAAUAAGGUAAGCCGUUUUUAUUGAAAUCCUUUUAUUUUCGUAGGUUACAGAAACGAUAGGUUUUUUUUCCCAUACAAAUCCUUAUAUUUUGAAUGUUACGCAACAAUGCCGAUGCUCGCCGAUGCUCAUAUUUCGAGCUUGGGCUACCUGUGGUUUUUGAGGUUGGUUUUGGCCAAUUCUUUAUUUUUUCUCUGCGACACAUCAACUUGACACUUGGACUCUUGCCCCCCAGAGGACAUGUGGUAUGGCGUGCUUCUGUGGGUGUUGGGAGUUCUGGGUCAGGGCUUGAAAUUAGAGUGCGCGGAUAAUUUUCAUCAGAGCUUUCUCUGGUUGUUGCGCCAUACUGGCAAGCGCCAAAAAGGGCGAAACAGCUGUCUAUGGCUACAAUCUCGCUCUGUUUUGAGUUCUUUCGGUGUCGUGUUGAUGUCUUGCAGAGUUAAUUUUCCCCUAGUACGAUCAGCAUUGCAGUAUUCUGCUAGCAGAAUGUAAUAUGUCUACAUUAUUAUUUUUGCUGGUCAGGUCUUUAUAGAUCCUACGUUCUUCGGCAUUUUCGUUCGCGUUUUUUUGCAGUCCUUUGUGGUUAAUGUUUGUACUUAUAAAACUAAGUUAAGUUUAGUUUAAUGUCAUUAUAUGUGAUCACACUGUAGAACUAUCAGUUCCAUUUUACAUCUUAAAUAUCCGCAAAAUGUUUUUCUUUUUCAUUUCUAGAGAAAGCAGCUAAACCUGCCUCGACUCCAGGUUGAGGCCAGACUGCAAAAGGAUAUUCAAGCAGCUAAAGUUAUUAUCAUUAUUGUCUUUGCAUUCCUUGGGUGUUACAUUCCGCCCCUCUGCAUCGUAGUCUGGCAUCGGUCCAAUUCUCAUUCCACUGAAAACACUUGGACCAGACACUUAGUACACACCAGCAUACUCAUAUCCAGUGGGAUCAAUCCUGUCAUCUAUUGUUUCAGAACCAGCAGGUUUCGCUGCGCACUGAAACAGCUUCUUAAUGAUCCUUGCGGAAAAACGGCUUUCAAAGAAAUCAAACAGGAGCAACGAGCCACAGAGAUUAUCCCAAAUCGGAUUGCACGAAGUGAAAAAUUUGCACGCGAACCUGACCAAGACACAUUCAAAACCGCGCUGGAACGUGAUCAGGACAGAUUGCUUGCAUGA